AUAUUAUAUAGUGCGCUGUUGCAGUCGCCGAUCGCGAAACCGUCACACGAUAAAUAAUAAACACACCGCGACGAGUGCCACCGUUAGUAGAACAAUUUAUUAUAAUUACACAAGACAAGACUACGCGGCCCCAACGACGCGCGGACGCUUGGGGCCCGUCAUCGUCUCGUCCAUUUGCGGUCGCCGUCGCCGAAAUGUUAACGACUACCAAGCGCGCAACGAUUAUUGCGCUGUGGUUGGUAUGCUGUUACUACGACCAAGCGGCCACCAAUGAACACGGUCACGUGCGGACAAAGAGCUCGACACGCUUGCAGAAGACCCAAGGCCUAACUUCCGGCAUGCCCUUGAUGACCGUGGUGGCCGGUUCCGCGACCGUUAGUGGUGAAAGAUCGUCGGACACCUAUGCCGAUCCCGACACCGACGCUGACGUUGACACCGACACUGAUACCGACACAGGUACCGACACAGGUACCGACACAGGCUCUGACACAGUCACCAACACAGGCACCGACACAGGCACUGAUACUAACACGCUCGCCAUCAUAAAAUCGUCAAACGUGAACACUAGCGGCGGCAUUGGUGGUCUGCGAAAUUUUUUGUUCCGGAAACCAAACAAAAUUUUCAAGAGUCUCAUGCGGACUAGCGUAAGAGUCGUGCAGCGCGGAAUGAACGUGUUCCAUGGGGUGUCAAACAAAGUGUACCACGUGGCCCGGAAACAGAUCGGUGUGAAGCGUGCCAGCGGCUCUUCGUCGGCGUCCGCGGGUAAAUCGGACGAGGGUGACGAUGGAGAUCGGACACCGGUCAAGCGACAAGCGGUCGCUGAGAAAAAGCCGACCAGCUUUGUCAGGAGGGUGGCCAAAAUGCUCGACACAGGGAUCGCGGGCAUUGAACAGGUCACCGACCUGGGUAUACUGUUGGGAAACAUGGGCACGCACAAGAUAUUAUCCAAGCUGGACGGCAAGAGCGGCAACCAGGAAAUAUUCAAAAUGCUUAUCAAAUACGUCGGUUCCAAAGUUGGCAAAGGAGCCAAAGGCAGUGUGACUCAGUUCGUCAAUGAUGUGGGUAUGGUAUCGACUUUCGUAGCCACCGACGACGAGCUCACCAAUUCGAUAUCCAUGAUAAUGGAAAAGUUAAUGAGUAAUCCCAAAGUGAGCGCAGCCAUUGUGCGUUUGGUGCUCACCGUUUUGGACGGUAGUCCGUCCACGUCAUGUUUGCUAGACCAAUUGCCGUUGUCUCCCCAAGACGUGCGGAUGAUGUUUGAUGUAUUCGUUGGCAGCAAAGGACAGAUGAUGUUGCAAACCAUUGCGGGGCUGGUGUCAGACUUGACCACGGGACCAGAUACGAAAGCGUUUUUGGAAUCGGCCUUGGGCAUGAUGUCCAUGUUCAAAAGUGACACUUCAGUACUAUCCAAUUUCCUUACGGGUGGUGACGAAAAUGAAGAAGACGAUAUUGAAGAUUACUCCACUGAAAAUACAACGCCACCACCAAUGAUCAAUAACAGAAAAAAAGGCAGCAGUGCCGAUGUCAGCGGAAACGUAUCGAAACCAUCUGCGAAAAAACCAGCCAAACUUAUGCCAAACGAUAGUGAUUGGUUUAGUAAAACCGAAACUACGGUCGAAUCACCAAAUAAAAAAGCCAUACACAACGAAGACCCUUGGUUCAGCAAUACCGGAACCACAACUAAUUCAUUACCAAAAAAACCAGCCAAACCCAAAUCAGACGAUUGGUUCGAGAGCAGUAGUCCUGCCAAUAGCGUGAAAAAUAAAAAAAAUGAAGUCAUUAAGAAAGUAGAGACCGAUAAUAGUGACAGCACAGGCUUUAGUGAUGAAUUUAAAAUCAAUAAACCCAAACCAAUAAGUAUAAAGACAGACACAACAAUUGUUGCCAAAAAGUCAAACGCAGAUGAGGACGACUCAUACAUAGAGGAAGAUGACUAAUCAUCCUCCUCUCAGUUUGCAGACUCUCCUAAAUAAAUAUAACUAUAUUGCAUAUUUUGACUUGUACUUCUUACUUUGGAAACAAUAUUAAAACAUAAUCCAUAUACAACAGCAUCGCAAUAACGUGUACCACAUAAUAUUAUUCAUUAUAAUAUGUAUUCAUUUGAAAUAUGUAUAAAGGCUACAGAGUGAUACA